GGUAGCUCUUGGCCAGGAGCAGAUGGCAUUCGAUGCCAUACAAAGUAAGCAGCCUUAUCAGAAUUGAGUAAUUGAGCGAAGCUUAAUGUUGCGAGCGUGCGGUUUUAUUUUUUAAGAGACACGCACAGCCACGGGCACAUGCAAUCAUGGUUAAAUCCCUUGCAUGCUCACAACCAUCUCUAUCCUUCAUCCUCCGCUUUCUCUUACUGCCUGUUGCAUCAUUCCACAGUCUCUUUAUCACAUUCCCCUCCAGAAAGAGCCAAGUCCCUUUGGACUCUGACUUUUUUUUUUUUUUUUUUUUUAUAAGUGUGCAUUCUGUGGGCUCCUGCAACAGUUGCCAGAUCUACCUCGACUUUGACAUGAUCGGAGCUGGAAAGCAUCGUUUAUAUCUGCCUCGUGUUCUCUUUCGAAAGAGGGAUGCCAAGUAUAAAAUCGUCAUAUCAGCAGCCUUUCAUUUGCACAGUCUAUCUCUCCAGGAGCACCCAAGAUUGGCAAUAUGUGCCAACGCCAAUAGUUGAGGGGCAGGACUGUGGAUCCCAUAUGCGAUGAUGAGUGAAUUCAAUUGAUGUUUUUUUUGUCCUCAUAUCGACCAAACUAACUUUCGCUGUAUGCACUUUAAGUUUUUUAAAAGGAAAAGAUCCUCUGCCAUGUUUGCUUGUAAAA